AUGAAGUUUGCUGCAGCGGCUCUGGUCUCUCUGGGACUGUCUGGUGCCCAUGCGCUUGUGGACAUCCCUGCUGUGAGCAGCGUGGUCAGUUCUGCUCUCUCGGAAUACUCUAUCUAUGUGACUCACGCACUCAAUCCAACCGCGACCGCGACCAAAACUCCUGCUAAGGCGACCAACAAUGUUGAUAUCCUUGCUCGUGGAGCUGUGUCAGACCCAGCCUACUGGUUGGCCGGUAUCAGCCAUCGCGGUGUUGCUGCAUUCAACAGUAAUCCGUCUACCUACACCGUCUUUCGAAAUGUCAAGGACUAUGGCGCAAAGGGUGAUGGUGUGACUGACGACACCGCGGCCAUUAACGCGGCCAUUAGCGCCGGAGGACGGAUUGGACCAUCUAAUGGUCAAACCUCUACAACCACUCCUGCCAUUGUCUAUUUCCCAGCUGGAACCUACAUCAUUUCCUCGUCCAUCAUUGAUUACUAUUUCACUCAGCUGAUUGGUAACCCGAAUGAUCUCCCGGUUCUCAAGGCCAGCGCCAACUUUCCCUCAACCUGGAUUAUUGAUGGAGAUCAGUACCAAAGCACGGGAAAUCAGGGUUGGGGGUCUACCAACGUCUUCUAUCGUCAAAUACGCAACUUUGUUCUUGACCUUACUGCUGUGCCGCCCACCGUGGGUGCCACCGGUAUCCAUUGGCCAACUGCCCAGGCGACCACCAUUCAGAAUGUCAAAAUUCUGAUGAGCUCGGCGUCCGGGACUCAGCACCAAGGGAUAUUCAUUGAAAACGGCUCUGGCGGUUUCAUGUCUGAUGUGACAACGGUUGGAGGUGCCUAUGGACUCAACAUCGGCAGCCAGCAGUUCACCAUGCGAGGCUUGACAAUCUCCAACGCAGUGGUUGGUAUCAACCAGAUUUGGAACUGGGGUUGGACCUACCAAGGACUGAACAUCAACAACUGCGGCACUGCUAUAUCGAUCUCUAAUGGUGGAAUCGACAACCAGGCGGUGGGAUCAGUUGUCAUCCUCGACAGUACCAUUCAAAAUACUUCCAAGUUCGUGGACACGGCAUACACCAGCACUUCCUAUAGCAACGGAAGUCUUUGGCUUGAGAACAUACAGCUCAGCAAUGUGGCCACGGCAGUACAGGAUAAUGGCAACGCCAUCUUGGCCGGGUCCUCUGGCUCUAUGACAAUUAGCGGCUGGGGUCAAGGUCAUAGCUAUUCUCCAAGUGGUCCUCACAAGUUCCAAGGGCCCAUGGAACCGGCUUCCCGACCUAGCGCUCUUCUGGCCAGCGGAACUUCUAACUAUCUUACCCAGAGCAAGCCUCAGUAUGAAGCUUCCCCCGUGGCCUCCUUUUUGAGUGUUCGCGCCGCCGGCGCUAAGGGAGAUGGUCAGACAGAUGACACGGCAGCCUUGAAUGCUGCCCUGCAAUCUGCUGCGGCAUCCAACCAACUUCUUUAUAUCGACCAGGGAACUUACGUUGUCUCCGAUACUCUCAUGGUCCCAGCGGGCUCGCGCAUCGUUGGCGAGGCCUAUCCGGUUCUCCUGGCAACUGGUAGCAACUUCGCAAACAUCAAUCAACCCAAAGCAGUGGUCCAAAUUGGCAAUGCUGGGGACUCCGGCCUUUUCCAGUGGUCGGAUACCAUCGUUGGAACUCGUGGCUCGACUCCCGGUGCGAUCUUGGUUGAGUGGAAUCUGGCUGCCACCGCAGGCUCUGGCAUGUGGGACGUCCAUUCCCGUAUUGGUGGUUUUGCUGGAUCAAACCUUCAAGUUCAGCAGUGCCCGACAACCACUGCGGUCUCUUCCGCAUGCGAAGCCGCUUAUAUGUCCCUUUGGGUCCGAUCAAGCGCCAAGAAUGUGUACUUGGAGAAUGUUUGGCUGUGGACAGCAGACCAUGAUAUGGAUAGUCCGGCCAACACCCAAAUCUCCGUAUACACAGGCCGUGGGCUCCUCGUUGAAGGAAGCAAUAUCUGGCUGUAUGGAACCGCCGUUGAGCACCAUUCCUUGUACCAAUAUCAAUUCUCUGGUGCAUCCAACAUUGUUGCGGGAUUCAUCCAGACCGAGACGCCGUAUUGGCAGCCAAACCCCGACGCCGCCCAUGGACCUUAUUCAGUCAGCUCCUCUCUUCGGGACCCUGUCUACACCGGUGGUGACGCGUUUGGCCUCCGUAUCCUCGAUACUCAACAAAUCAGCAUCUACGGCGCCGGCUUGUACAGCUUCUUCAACAACUAUAUCGGCACGUGCUCAGCUUAUCCGACUCCCGAGAACUGCCAGGCUGCCAUUUUCAGCAUUGAAGGCAGCACCAGCGGCUUGAAGGUUUUCGCGUUGAGCACUGUUGGUACGAUCAACCAGGUGAUUCAGGAUGGUACGGUGUUGGCCUUGGCUAGCGAUAACCUUGCGGCCUAUGCUGAGACCAUCGCCUACCUGGCUCCUGCUGCCGGAACCGGCUCAAACAGCACGACUACAUCCUUGACCACCUCAAUCUCUUCUACCAUGACCAUGUCCGGUUCGACAACUCUAGCCACAUCCGUUUCUUCUAAAUCGGCCACUUCCACCGCUCCAGUUACUACCGGGUGGGCACUGGUGGGUUGCUACACCGACAACGUUUCUGAACGCGCCCUCCCUAGCGGGAUCCCCGUACCCGGCGGAGCAUCGAAGAUGACUGUGGAGGCUUGCCAGGCUGGUUGCCAGGCUCUUGGCUUCACUCUCGCUGGUUUGGAGUAUGCCGGUGAGUGUUAUUGUGGCAACCAGGUGCAGGGCGGAAAUGGACCUGCCCCCGACGGCAAUGCUCAGUGCAACAUGGCUUGUAAUGGUGAUUCGACGGAAACUUGUGGAGGGCCGAACCGACUGGACUUGUACACAUACGGCAGGCAAACUGCCACAACCGCGUUUACGACUACUGCCACGGCAAGCUCGACUGUAUCAACCGUCUCAGCUACUUCGGGGACUGCUUCGGCUACUUCUACCUCUGGAGCAACUGGAUGGGUUUCGCUGGGUUGCUACACUGACAACAUCUCUGAACGCGCCCUCCCUAGCGGGAUCCCCGUACCUGGCGGAGCAUCGAAGAUGACUGUGGAAGCUUGCCAGGCUGGUUGCCAGGCUCUUGGCUUCACUUUCGCUGGUGUGGAGUAUGCCGAUGAGUGCUAUUGUGGUAACCAGGUGCAGGGCGGAAAUGGUCCUGCCCCCGAUGGCAAUGCUCAGUGCAACAUGGCUUGUACUGGUGCUUCGAGCGAAACUUGUGGAGGCCCUAACAGAUUGAACCUCUACCAGUACACUUCAUCGACUACUCCAGUGGCUAAGCGUGGUCUUGCGUACAACAACAACAACCCGCAAGAUAACGCCAUGUAUACGACCUUCUUCGCCGGCAAUAGCAAGAUCUCCUGGGGCUAUGAUUGGGGAUUCCCAUCCAAUGGUCUACCAUCUGCUUGGGAAUUUGUUCCUAUGCUCUGGGGCCUCCCCAGUGGUGCCGACCCAGACUGGACUGCUGCCGUUAAAACCGCCGACACCAAGCAUAUUCUUGGCUUCAAUGAACCUGACCUUAUAUAUUCCGCCUCUUCUAACAUUCUGCCUGCGGCAGCUGCGCAGGGCUAUAUGACUUACAUGCAGCCAUUUGCCGGGUCUGUUAAGAUAGGCAUGCCGAGCGUCCUGUGGAACAACGUUGGCUCAUCCUCCGGUGGUAACUACAACACGAAGCAGUGGACGAACUACUUCCUUGGCAACUGUACUAGCUGUACUUUGGACUUCGGAGCGAUUCACUGGUAUCAGGACUGCAACGCUGCGUGGUUCAAGGGCAAUGUCACCGAUGCCCACGCAACUCUUAACCUGCCCAUUUGGGUUACUGAGUUCCAGUGCUACGGUACUGACGCACAGCAGAUUGCAUUCUUGCAAGAUGUUUUGCCCUGGAUGGACAGCCAGCCCUACGUUGAGCGAUACGCCUACUUCGGAGUCUUCCCAGGCUACCUCCUUAACAGUGACGGCACUGCUUUGUCAGAUAUCGGAAAGGCAUAUGCCAGCGCCUGA